UUGAAGAAAUUUACCAAGAGAGAUCAAAUUUCAAAGUUUUACUGCGACCUCUCCGCCUUGUUUUCACAAAUUUUUAGACAAUUCUUGCAAGAAGACUAAACUGGGUAAAAUUUGACCUUUGCUGACCUAUACUGAGCUAAUUUGUGACCUGACCUAAAAAAUGACACCAUCAUUUUCUUCACGCUUCAGACACAAGAAGGAGGGAGUGAGUAGGCCUAUAAACACGCCCCCCCCCCCCUCCACCUCCAUCCGUUCCGAUCACACACGUCGCACGGAUUCAAGAAGGGGCCGUGAUGAUGAUCCCCAUGGCCCUUAUUUGCGACGGCACCUGUUUCAGGAAGUGCUUCGGUUGCAAGGUCAUAGCCAGGAUAUUAUCAACCGUCGCGUGCGAGCCGUUUAACCUUCUCAUCGAGGAUCUGUCAGCUUGUAACUAUUUUCCUUCCUGAUCGCAGGCGUAACUUGGCGACAUUUCCGACUUCCAAACUGGGUCAGUAUAACUAAUUAAAAGUGGGUACUGGGUAGGCAUUGUGUGGGAGUGUAGGGUGAAUAUAAAAAGGCAGAAGCGACGGCGAGGAGCAUCAGUAUCGCUUCACUUUGCAGAAGUACAACACCUCCUGAAAGAAACAUGAAGGUGCUGCUGCUGGCCGCCGCGCUGUGCCUGGCUGCUGCCGAUGACGACUUCUCCGCACCGCCCGUGAGGCGGCCCACGGCGCCAGUCGCCGUGCACGCGCCGGCCUCGUCCUACACGGCGUACCCGACUGCGCGUCGACCGGCGGCACGCUACGGCGUGCCCCAGAGGCCCCGCUACGACGGGCCGAGCCACGCGCAGCUCGGCUACGCCUCCGAGUACCAGCAGCCGCGCUACUACCAGCCGCGGCCGUACUCGUUCGCGUACGGCGUCGACGACCGCUACGACUCUGGCACGGUGUUCUCGCGCAGUGAGGAGAGCGACGGCGUCACCACGCGCGGCCGCUACUCGGUCAACCUGCCCGACGGCUGUGUGCAGACGGUCACCUACUGGGCCGACCACACCGGCUACCACCCCACGGUCAAGUACGAGUGUGCCCAGAAGCGGCGGCCGGCGCCGGUCGGCUAUUACGGCUACGGAGCGCCCGUGUACCGGGCGGUCGGCGUCCCGCAGACCCGCCAGAGUCUGCGCGACGACCGCGACGACUAGAGACGCUCAUGGAAAGUCUUUCGUUUUGAUGAAGCUUGACUUUGCGAUCCGGUCUACAUGCUUAGACCACAUUAUCACUUGAGCUCUGAUAGACCGAAUAUUCGUUGUACUUUGGUGCAAUGAUUUGAUUGCUGGUUUGUGAGUGCAUAUCCUAGAAUGAAUGGAUGAAUUGGUAUUUAAGUAUGCUGCAAGAAACUUCUGUUUUUUAAGAUAAAUAUCUAAAAAAAGAA